ACUGGUUGCUGCGGCCAGGUUGUGUUUGCAGAUUGGGUACUAGGCUUACUGGGCGCUCUUCCUUUCCUGUGUGUCCUGUGCUUCUGUCCUAGUCGUGUGCAGCGAAGAUAAAGUAAUAUGGCGGAAAACGCAAUGGAGCCUGAGACACCAACUGAUGGUGACUCCUACAAGCGUGGUGUUGAGGAUUACCGUCGAGAACAAGGAGAGAGGCGUGAGGUACCUAAUAGAGGAAUUUCACCCUACAGAAGUUCCAGACGGAGUUCAAGUCGCAGCCCUAGAAGGAGAUCUCGCUCACCAAUAAGAAGAAGAUCGCCUAGACGAGAUGAUCGCAGACGAAAUCGAGGUGAUCGUUCUAUCCCCAAAAAAGAAUGCCGUGUUUAUGUUAGUAAUUUAAGUUUUAAUACAAGAUGGAUGGAGUUGAAAGACUUAAUGAAAAAGGUUGCUCCUGUUGAACAUGUUGAGAUAUUUACUGAUGGUGAGGGUCGGUCAAAAGGAUGUGCUGUUGUGGAAUAUUCCAACCAAGACCAUGCCUCGCAAGCAAUCAAAGAAAUGGAUGGUAUUGAGAUGCAAGGACGCAAGUUAAGGAUGAGAGAAGAUAUCAUGGAUGAUAUCACAUACAGAGAACAAUUAAAAACUCAAAAAGACAAGACAAAACAACUGAAAGAAUACCAGCAACAUAUGGAACAACAGUCUAUGUCAAAUCAGUAUUCAAAUUUCGGUGGGCUUAGUGCAAUAGCUAGUCUAACUGCACUUGGUGGUGGUGGUGGGUUAGGUUCUCUUAUAACUCAGCAGUCUGCUCAGCUUGCAAGUUUGCUAAGUGGCAAAAAUGGUGAUCCAGUCAACUCGUCAGUUUUUGUCAGCAAUCUUGACUAUGACAUCACGUGGCAAAAGUUAAAAGAUAUGUUUCGUAGAGCUGGUAAUUGUACGAGGUGUGAUAUAGCAGAAGGAGAGGAUAGACGCUCAAAAGGUUUCGGUUCUCUCCAAUUUGACACACCGAUGGAAGCACUGACAGCAGUUUCAAUGUUUAAUGGAAUGGAACUUGGCAGAGGAAAGAGAGCAAUGGUUGUUAGACUGGAUCGAAGUUCAAUACUCCAUCAAAUAUUGGCCCAACUUGGUAUUUCAUCAAGUGAUAUUACACAGCGCACCCUGAUUCAACUCCAAUCGCUAACUACGUUAUCAGCUCUUGCUGCUAGUGGACUUAACUUAGGAGGUUUAAGCGCAUUAACUGGUAUGAAUGCGCUGGGUUCAACUAAUAAUUACACCAAUCUUCAGUCGGUUCAACAAUCUAAUUCUUCACCAUCAUCAGGAUUGAAUUUGUCAAACUUGACAGGUAUAGGAUCACUGAGUACGUUUGGUGGUUUAGGAAAUUUAUUGGGCGGUGCCGGGUUGAACAGCAGUGGCAUGUCAUCCGGUUUAACAGGUAGUUCAAUUGGUGCGGGAAGUGGAUAUGGGUUAUCAGCCACAUCAAAUUCCUAUGGGACAGCAGGCAUUGGGUCUCAACUGAGUUCUUUGGGCUAUGGUGGCCAAUCUGAGAGGAGACAAUCAGAUGGCGGAGGCGCAUCAAGAUAUUCAGCAAGUUCGACUAGUGGUUCCAGUGGUGCAAAGGUUUUUGUUCGUAAUCUACCUUUCUCAGUCAAGUGGCAAGACUUAAAGGAUAAGUUUAGAGAUGCAGGAAGAAUUGUCCGUGCUGACGUCAUGACGGGUGAGGAUGGACGUUCAAAAGGGUGUGGUCUAGUCACUUUUGAAUCAUCUUCAGAUGCCAACAGAGCAGUGUCUUUGUUCAACGGAUCAAGAAUGGAAGGACGCGAAAUUGAAGUACGAAUUGACCGUUAUUAAAUAACUUUAAACCGUGUCGAACACUUUGAAUGAGGAGUGAAUGAGGAAACCAAACUUACGUAUUGUAGAUUUUCAAAAACUUAAAAAUUGUGAACAUUUUACGCGAGAUAAUGUGAACAAGCUGUCCGUUAGAGGUUCCAUUUUAUCGGCAGUUCGUCCACCGAAGUUUCGGUUUAUCGACGGUUUGUCAAUCGAAGUUUUGAUUUUAUCCGUAACGUCUUGUAGAUAUUAUUUUUAAAGUAAAAAAGAGUUUGACUA